AUGGACGAUUGGCGUGAGUUCAAUUCAGUGAUAAAGUCGGUACAUUGUAACGCAAAAGACACAAGCCAUAAAAUUAACAGCUUGGUGGAUUUGGCGAUAAAGAGUGAAAAUUCUGCCUUCAUCAAGGCCGUCUUAAAUUUAAAAGAGAAUUCAUCAAAAAUAGACGGACAGAAAAGAUUCUUGUGGCUUACUUCAACUGUCAAUUCAAAGUUUUAUCCCCCUAUAUCUAUCUCAGAGGCGUCACCACUAUCUUGGAAUGAAAACGAGUACUGCGUACCUGGCAGUGAAGAAUUACAAAGUCGCUACUCUAGUAGAACCGCAUUGCGUAAUGAAGGAGAGUAUAUGGGCGAAAUAGAACAGUGCCAAGAUGUGUCAGACUGUUCGUUAGUAGCUUCUCUGAUUAAUCUCAGGUCUCGAAAUUUAGAAUUACCUCCAAUUAAACAGAUAUCACCAAAUGAAUAUCAGGUCAAUCUAUGUUUCAAUGGAAGUAGUGAAAGAUUAGUCACGGUCGACACUUCCCAAAUUCCAACUUCAGUGAAUGGUAAACAACUUUCACUAAGAAGCAAAAGUAUUUCAGAUAAGAUUAGCGAACUUGCGCUAUUACUGGUUGUGCAAGGUACAUAUUCGACCGACGGAUCAAAUAUCAGUAUAGAUACUUACUACUUGAGCGGAUUUUUACCAGAGAUUAUAGGGAUAGAUAGCUUCUCGUUUGAGAAAUUAUGGAAGUUCUUUAAGUCAGGUCUUUGUCUGAUCGGUGUUGGUACCGGAAAUCGUCCUAAUGAUUUGAUAGAACCAUUGUUGGCAAAUCAUGAUUAUUCUGUCGUCGACAUCAGACACGAGUCUGGAGUAAUCAAACUGCGGGACCCAAGUAAUUCGGCAUUAAAUGUUGAAAUUAGCUACGAACAAUACUUAAAUAACUUCAAACAAUUAUACCUUAAUUGGAACCAUAAAAAAUUAUUUGGAUACUCACAAGCUCUUCAUAUUAGAUACGACGUCACACGUUAUAAUAAAUUCGCCAUUAUUUCGGAUAAGCCUUUAUUCCACAUCGUAAAUAAUUCCAAGGAGACGGAAACAGUUUGGAUCUUGCUCGAGAAUCAUUUGUCAAAAGAAGGCAGGAAGAAAGGUCGCUCAAUUUCCUUUAUAAACCAAGCUCGAGAUUGUAUAAUUUACCCAAUUGAGGUACCAGCUAAUAAAGGCACUGUUCAUGUCGGAUUGCAACUGAUGAAAUUAAAAUUAGCUCCCGGUGCUCAAACGCUAUUGUAUUGUCAUUCAACUACUGACAACAACUUUAGCAUUCAUUUGUUCUCAGUCGUAAAGGAGAUAUUUUUUCAAAGACUAAAAGAUAUGAAUAACCUUGUUGCCAAAGUCAGCUUUUCUCAUCUUUAUGGAAUGGGCAAAAAAACCUCUUUUGACACCUGUAGUUUCUUUGAAAACCCAACUUUUCAACUGGAAGUUCAAUCUGAAAGAGAUCAACAUAUUCUUAUGGAUGUUACAUGCGUUUCUAAAAGCUCGCAGGAUUUUGUUAAUAUUCAGGUUUAUUAUUUGGACGAUUAUGAACUAAUCAAACCAAUCAUGUUUGAUAAUCACUAUCAGCCGGAACAAAAUAUCAAACAAGAUGUGCCCAUCUUAACCAAUACUAAAUACAUAAUUGUAUGCUCGACAUAUGGCCCUCCGGUUUCUUCAGAGUUUCAAUUGGUGGCCUCGACACGUUUGUCCUCUCCAUGGAGAUUCAAGUCUAGUAUCAAUUUACGCGAGAUUAACAUGGCUUACGGUUCUUAUCCUUAUCAGUGCUAUGACAAGUUUUAUUGUAAAGAAACCUCUAAAAAAUUUAAAAUUUUGAUAAGUUUGCAAAAUACAAAACACACAACCAACAAACUCUUUAUACGUGUGGCACCUGUAGAAUCAUCGGCACAAUUGAGGAUACGGUGUAAUGUUUUCGAACCAGCAUCAUCUCUCUGUGUUUAUGAAUGUGAACAUUAUAGAAAUUGUCCACCUGGGGGUGUGGUUAUACCUGAUUUAGAAAUCUCUUGUAUCGACACGAUUGUAUUGAUGAUUGAAAGAGAUAUGCCUGUUUCCAAUAAGUUAGCUACAGAAGGUUCAAUGGCUGGAUUGGAGCUAUUUGUUGGAUCUAAUCAAAGAGCUAAAAUUGAAAAGUUGAAGUAA